CGCUGGACGAAGCUGAAGACGCUCAUAGCAACAAGCUCAGAAACCGCACAUCUAUGUUUGCGCACCGACCCAAAACACUCCGACCUUUCGAGGACUUUCAUAUAUUGUCAGCGUUCGGGAGGAGUAUAGUUUAAAACGGCGUCCUUGUUUUCGAAUGAAAACAAGUUUGGCUCGUUCUCUCUGGACUAGAGGAAACGCUAGCUUGAGCUUUAGCUGUUCGUUGGACCGUAAGCUUGUGCAGGGAUGCCUCUUCUGUUUAAACUAACAAUACAAUUUUCGAGAGCGGGUAAGAGUGGAGGUGGUCGACGUCGGUUUAGCGUUUGGACUCUGUGUUAUUCUGGUUUAGAGAGGCCGUUUGUGCUUUGAUACUCGCUGUCGGAAACGCUGUUGUGUCCUCCUGCAACUUUGAGGCUCCGCCACCAUCACCUUCAUCAUCGAGGAAGACCGUGUGAAUCAGACUGUGUCUAACCGAUCAUUGUUUGGUUUUAUUUGUACAAUAUCUAAAGUGCAUCUAGCUAGCGAUUGCUUCGGUAUCUGCUUGAUUGAAUCCUCUGUUUACUUUCAAUAUGCCUAAAAUGUAGAUGUCACUAAUACUACUUCAGGCUUGCAGUACAGGUGGUGAAACCUAUAAGCCUAAUGAAAACAGCUUAAAGGGGAUCAUGCCUGAACACUACAGUACUGUGAAGUUCUAGUCUUUGGACAUUUUAGAAACAUCUCCUCGGAUAUGAGGUUGUCUUGCUAAGGACACCCCCAAGGUGAAGAUAUUUUAGAGAAAAAGCAAUAUUUGAUGUUGACUGCGUGCAAUCAUGAUGAUAUUGAGCAGAAAACCAGAUGGCCCCAUAACUGCAGCUCGCCACGGGGAUGGUUUGUAUGACUCUUACAUGCGGACAGAUCACAUUGUGAACCAGGACGCUGAUGUGAAUGGACAGAGUCCCUCUGGGCUGCCCCCUCUCCCCAAACACACUGGUGUCAACAAGCCUACAAUGAAAGAUCACCAAGCAAUCCGAGGACAGAUGAAGGUGAAGUACGUUUAUGAAGACACCUACAACCGGAAAGUCAGCAGUGUGAGCCAGCACAAUGGCACAAGCCAUAUACCAGCCAAACCCCAACCUGUGAUCUCCAAAGAGAAAAGUGUGGACAGUAACAGUUCUAUUAAAUCCUCAGAGAGCUCAACAAAAGUCAUAAAGCUUGCCACUCCAAUGACCCCAGAACAAGCCCUCAAGCAACACAGGCAGCAACUGACCACUUUGGAGCAGCAGGAGAUCCACAAUUAUCCUGAGAUCUUUUUCCUGGGACCAAAUGCCAAGAAGAGGCAGGCAGUGGCAGGGGGCACCAACAACUGUGGAUAUGAUGACGACCAGGGAGGUUACAUUCAUGUACCUCAUGAUCAUCUUGCCUAUCGUUAUGAGUUUCUCAAGGUAAUCGGAAAAGGUAGUUUUGGACAGGUGGCAAAGGUUUAUGACCAUAAGUCACAGCAGCACCUUGCCUUGAAGAUGGUGCGCAAUGAAAAGCGCUUUCAUCGACAAGCUGCAGAGGAGAUCAGAAUUCUGGAGCACCUGAAGAAGCAAGAUAAGACUGGCAGUAUGAAUUCAGUCCACAUGUUGGAGAAUUUCACCUUCCGCAACCACAUUUGCAUGACUUUUGAGCUGCUUAGCAUGAACCUGUAUGAGCUCAUUAAACGAAACAAAUUCCAGGGUUUUAGUCUGCCGCUGGUACGCAAAUUUGCACACUCUAUUCUCCAAUGCCUGGAGGCUCUCCAUCGCCAUAAGAUCAUCCACUGUGACCUGAAACCAGAGAACAUCUUACUGAAGCAGCAAGGCAGGAGCGGCAUCAAGGUCAUUGACUUUGGCUCCAGUUGUUUUGAUCACCAGAGGGUCUACACUUAUAUCCAGUCCCGUUUCUACAGGGCGCCAGAAGUCAUCUUGGGUUCUCGAUAUGGUAUGCCUAUAGACAUGUGGAGCUUUGGUUGCAUUCUGGCAGAGCUGCUAACAGGAUACCCUCUGUUUCCUGGAGAAGAUGAAGGUGACCAGCUGGCCUGCAUGAUGGAGUUACUGGGCAUGCCUCCUCAGAAACUGCUGGAGCAAGCAAAGCGUGCCAAGAACUUCAUUAGCUCCAAAGGCCACCCACGCUACUGCACAGUCAGCACACUUGGCAAUGGCACCAUAGUGCUCAAUGGGAGUCGUUCUCGCCGAGGAAAAAUGCGAGGCCCCCCAGGCAGUAAGGAGUGGAUGACAGCCCUCAAGAGCUGUGACGACCCCACAUUCAUUGACUUUCUGAAGAAGUGUCUGGAUUGGGACCCUAGUACUCGAAUGACACCUGUUCAGGCUUUGAGACACCCCUGGCUCUACAAGAGACUGCCAAAGCCUGCCCCUUGUGGAGAGAAGUCAAUGGUGCCCAAAAGGAUCACAGAGCACAGCACCUCUUUCCCCACCAUCAUCUCCAAGAUACCACCUGUCAUGGGCCCAUCCAACAACAAACUGCGGACCACCUUGAUUGGGGACUCCAAUGGAAGUAUACCCUUGCGCACAGUGCUGCCGAAGCUCGUUUCAUAGGGAUUCCUUAGCUUUUCAGGGAUUAAAGACAUUUGUAGCAGUUUUCGAAGUGUAUUUUUCUUGGUUGAUGGUUUGUGGAUUUUUCUAAAUGAAUUUCAAAACUGUGUUUUGACUUCAAUUUAUAUUGAAGUGUAAUAAGCAAAAAAAAGCUAUUUUAUAAUAGCUAUAUGUAACUAACUAUACCAUGUUUUAAGCAAAUGGCCUUUGGAAAGGAAUGUGAAAUUGAAAGUUUAUAUUUGGACUGUUUUUUUACAACUUGGUCUUGAGUGGAACGCUAUUGAUUGAGGUUGGUGAAAUAUUAAUGCUGACUGCUCAUAGUCCAGUCCUUUCUGAGGUUUCCACUACUCCAGUUCAGACAAACUUAAAACUUUUUCAUCCUUAAGGGCUGUUUUUAGGUGUGUGUGUGUGAUUAACAUUUUUAAGGGCUUUGAGUGGAUUUUUUCCCCGUUUUGAAUUCAAGCAUCUGUCUCUAAUCUAGAAUUGUUCUGAUUAAAACCCUGAAAAUAAUUUGCUCAAGUUAUUUUCAUUAUCUACAGAAAAUGUUAUGAUUUGAUUAUAGUCUUGAUGGCACUAAUUCAGAACAACACAUUGCUAGUUUUAUUCUAUUUUAAGAGUACACUUCCAAUUAACUUGUCCUUUUACUUGGUUCCCUUCACCCCAGUGUGUCAUAGAGAGGGUAAGGCCUCACAUAUUUCAGUCUAUAACACUGUUUAUUUUUUUUUUAAGUUGUUUAUUUGGAUAAGUCACCCUAGAGCAAGAUGUAAGAAAGUUAGACUUGUUUGUGAGGGGCAGAGUAACAGUUGUUGUCAUUUAGGGCCUCAAUGAUGUUUGAAGGCCAAGCCCAUUCCUUUAAAGUAUUGGGAAAGAUGGUCACUACCGCUAUUGCACAGGUGUUGAAAGAGUGUUUUUAUUUGUGUGACUUUGAAAGAUAUUGAUCAGGUUUUACUUGAAGGCAAUAGGCAGGAUCACAUGUUUGCCUGUACAUGUAAAUAUGGGUUCUCCAAAGCUGGUGGGGGAAGGGAAUUGCACGUUGACCGUGUUUUCAAUACCAGUGUGCUGUUUGCCCUGAGUAAUGGAUGGAUUCCAAACAGCCAGUGCGAGGCUGUGACCUGAGCGAAGUUCAUAAACACGUUCACUGUACUGGAUAAAUACAGAAGCCUGUCAUAAAGCAGAUUAUCACACUGCCUUUUAGAUAUUUUUUUUCAGUCCUCUUAACCACAACCUUGUCCUCAAUUUUGAUCAACCAUUUAACUAUUGUUUUGUUCCAUUUAGCCUGUUGCAACUACAACAAACCACUGUAUACACAGUGUCGGGGUGGGAAAAGAUGACAUUACGUGCACACUGGCAAUUCCCCUCCCCCAAAGUUUAACAUCAGGAUAUAGAGAGGUUAUUUCUCACCGACUGCUGACUGAAACAAGUUGAGAGUGAAGUGGUAUUCUGUAGUCUGGAACCUCUCUAAAUAGUGACCUACAUGCUUCCCCUCUCUCUCUCUUCCUCAGUCCUUGAGGUUUAAAAGACAGAAUCUGUUGGGAUUCCAACAGUUUGGUGAUCAUUCAUAAUGGCAUUGGUCAGUGUCUUCACUUUGAGUAUUUCUUAUUAGAGGGUCUCUGGCAGACUAUUCGGUUUUCCAAUGAAAGGCAUCUUAAGUUGUAUUUUUUUUUUUUUUAACGAUCUAAUGUAAGCAUGUUUAUUGACACUGCCUCACUUUUUUUAGCUGUGAAUUGAACACUGAAUUGUUGCAAGGUAAGACACUAAUCUGCUAAUGGACUGUGAAAUUGAAAGGUGCUUAACCCAAUGGCCCUGACAGGUGCAUGAAAAGCAUCUGUGCAGUGUGCACUACCUGGACCAAGGUUAGAAAUAAGGAAACCAGACAAUUGGUUGCAAAAGUCAAUUAAUUAAAAAAAUAAAACUAGGUAAUUUCCAUUUUACAAUAUUUUGAAAUCACCUUUUUUCUCAGGCAUUAACCCCAUUAUGGGGUUUAAAGGAGAUUUAUAUAUAAUUCCACAUGUCUAGCAGGUGCAACAACAAUUAAGCACUCAAAAUAAGCUAGGUGUCAGGAGAUAGUGUACAUAUAGCUUUAGAUCCAUUGGUGCUCACAUUAAGUCCUCUGUAACUUUUCUGUCCAAUCAUAAACAAUUUUGGGUUCAUACUUCAUCUCCCUCAAAGUUUCGAUGGUUCAGUGUCCUCUUGGAAUAUAUCAGGGAAAACCGCAGUUAAUGAGAAGUAUCCAGGCAAAAGUGGUUUAAAGGUUGUUUUUGGUGUUGUUUGUCUACCUCUUUUUCAUCAUCCACCUUCACUCCAGCACACAAAUAACAGCAUCUCGCUCACUCAGACUUUCUGCUUCACUUCAAUGUCCCUGCCUGUUUGCAUUAACAUACAUUUUCACCAAAGCAUCCAUUUACGUUAUUGUCUCUCUUUUGGUUGUCUCUUGUGCGUGGACCCCUUUGUAUGAGGGGAAUCUACUUCUGUGCCUUUAACUGAACACACUUCGCUAAAUCAUCAAGGCUCUGCACGGGUUGACUUAAUGUUUCACUUCCAGAUUAAUGUCAGGUUUUUUUUACUACUUUUAGUUCCCCCUUUUAUAGAGUUUUUACUGUUCAUAAUUUACAGAGAAAUAAAAGAGAUAAUGCUGUAAUUUCCCUUUAUUGAUGUUUGUCGUUUGAUUAUGUGGUUCACAGAGCAUGGUACAUACAGAAUGCAUGAAAGUAAGUGACAAAUGAAAAGGAGUCAAUUAAGACUUACAUGAUAAGAUGUAAGUAGCCAAAUGAGCUUGUAUUAGUUUCUUGAAUGAAAAUAGAGGAAUAAAUAAAUAAAAUCGAUAU